AUGAAGAUUUUCUUGUUUGCCGCUCUCAGCGUGGUUAUUGGCAUCUUCUGUGCUACUACUUCAUAUGCGGCCCCGCCUCAUGUACCUCUGAUCCAUGCAGCAGGUCUCGGCCACCCUGUUAAUCAUCGACCCGGCAGAGCCAAGGCCGAUGUUGCUGGUUAUCGGUACCCUGUGCAAAAAAAUCAAGUGCAGAACAGCGGACUGCAGCAGGAGCAGAAGAAUAAGAAUAACUUUGCGAAUCAGCAGAAGAACUUUGAUCAUCUCCGUAAUCAGCACAAGCACCAAGAUGUCGCUCAGCAAACUGAUCAAACCGAUGUUGACGGACAGUGUAUCAUGACCUAUGAGAACUGGAAUAAUUAUGUCGAUUGGGAUCUGCAACAAGCCAAACAAAACUUCAAAGACAUGAAGAAAAAGGCGCAGAAUAAUUUGAGUAACGAUGAAAUCAACCAACUAAAGAAGUUGGCUGAACGUAACCGCAAUGCCCUAGGACAGCAGCAAUGCGUUCUCACCUACAAUCAACUACAGAUUUACGAGCGUCAAGCCAAGGCUCGCGACCAGUAUGAUAGAGUUCAGGGAAACCAGAAAUCGACAAAGAAGGACGGUAACAAGUACUCUAACAACAACAUCCAGCAACAGCAGACCGACGCUGGGAACUUUGACUACCAACUUGGUAUAAUGGAUCGCUUCUGUCUUGUCACCUACAAUGCGCAAUGGCAAAACCUCGACAAUGAGCUCACAGCCGAUCGCAAAACUACCCAGAAACUGCUGGAUUAUGCCAAAAAUAAAGGCCAAGAAUACUACAACAUCAAGCAACCUAAACCGGACGGAUACGAGAAUCAGCAAAAGAACCAGAAAAAUCAAAAUGAUCAAUAUCUCAACCGAGCCUGCAUGGUUUUUGACUUUCAGAUCAAUUUGUAUACGCAAUGGCUCGCCAACUACGGCAUCAAUCUGGGGAAGAAUAUUUGA